CAUCUCUCAAACCUUCUGAAGUUUUGGAAGCUAUAUAUGAACGUUGUUGUUUAUUUGUGUGCUAACGAAGACAACACGACCAAAACGAACUGUGAUCCAGCCUCGAGAAGCGUAAUCACCGCAUUUUAACCCAUGAACCGAGAAGAGUUUGUAUUUAUGUAUGAGGAGGAAGAGAGUUGAGUAGCCCGUCAGUGGUGGCAACGCAGGCAAGAGAGUGUGGCGAAGAAAGAAGAAGUAAGUGUCUGCUGUUGUCUCGAAGAGGAAGAGAAUAUACAUUGGAUUGGUGUAGGAAGAAGUGGUGAUUUUUUGGAAGCUGGUGCAGUGAAAACUGGUACCGUACAGUAAAAGAAGCAGCAACAUCAAUAACCACCAGUGGAAAGAAAGAAUGAAACCUAAAUCCAUCAUAACUGUUUGAGUGCCAAUCACACACGUUACACACUACUGCUGCUGAUUUGGAAAACAAGUUCUGCACUGUGCCAACAACCCCCAAAAUCGGCGAUGAUCCCAGCUGGAUAGUGCCGACCCUAUCACAAACGGCUGAUGGUCGGGGCACAACCAGACCGGUCAAAGCAUGAUGCGUACUCCAGCGGGCUCAAGGGAAUGAGCUUUUGCGUCGGGCCUUAUCGGCGGACAGUUUGUGCAAUUGGGUUUAGAAGAUAAUUACAAGCAAAAGGAACGGGAGGCAUAAAACGACAGGGAGAAGGAGAAGGGUUCUGACCGACAGCUAGAGAAUGGGAAGCUGUCUGACGUGCUUCAAAUCGCCACCGAAUGCGACGGUGAAUAGCGUGGAAGCGAUCGCCGGGGUGGUAGCCGGACCGGAAACGGCCAUCACCGACACGGAAGCGACUGUUAACGAAACGGACGAUUUACUAGCUGCCAGCCCAAUACGGUUGACCUCUCUGGGUUCUGAGAGGAAAAGCGGCAGUUUCAAGAAAACGAUUGGAUUACUUAAUGGGAACAUAAACGCACUGCCGGACGGUGGCAGUUUGCCAGGAAAAGAUCUCGCGACGCAAAUCUCCGACAACGAUCUGAACAAGCUGUUCGAGGAGUACAAGGAUGGCCAGGAGGACGCAAUCUUAUCGGAAGGCAUCGAGCGGCUGUGCUGUGAUCUAGGUUAUAAGCCGGACGACUUCGCCAUCCUGGUGCUGGCGUGGCGUCUGGACGCGUCCCAGAUGUGUCAGUUCACCAAGUCGGAGUUCAUCCAGGGCCUGCAGCAGAUGAACGCCGCCAGCAUCGACGACAUCAAGCUCCGGCUGGAGCAGAUGGUGGAGAAGCUGAAAACCGACUCCGAGGACUUCAAGCUGCUGUACAGAUUCACAUUCCGGUUCGGGCUGGAACCGGGCCAUCGGAUCCUGUCGCUGGACAUGGCGAUCAGUCUGUGGCGGUUGGUGUUCACCGUGCACACGCCGGACAUCCUACCGCGGUGGUUGCACUUUCUCGAGCAGCACCAGAACAUCCGGGGCGUCCCGAAGGACACCUGGAACAUGUUUCUGAACUUUGUGGAAACCUGUGAUAUUACACAGUACGACGACACCGAAGCGUGGCCCAGUUUAUUCGACGACUUUGUCGAGUACGAACAGGAACGGUUGAAGCAGGCCAGCUCAAAGAAUUUGGAGGGUGGCGGAGUUGACGGCACCGAGGGAGUAGAAACUAGCGUUAGGGUCCCGGAGGACGACAACAAUAAUUCAUAGUUUCGCAGUUCGAGGACAGCGCCAUCAGACGCAAAUCCCCGCACAGAUAAAUACGUUUUAAAAUAUUUAUUACCUUUUGCUGAAUUUGGUAGUGCUCGCGCGUGCGUCCAAUGAUCUUAUAACCUUGUUUAUGUUUUCACCUGCCUUAAGUUGAAGUUUUCUGCACUCAAGUCCGUUGCAUUUCGAACACACUUAAGUCACUUAGGAAGGUUAUGUUUUAGAUAUUAUUUAGAAGUCUCUACAAAUGAACAGGAAGAGGUGCGAAUAUAUUACAGCAAUGCACGUUAAUCAUUUGUUCGAUUGAAACGAAUUUUACUACUUGUAAGCAGUAUGAUUAAUAUUAUUAUUUUUGUUUUUACUCUCAUAUAGAUAUCGAAAUUUAGUAUAAUCGACUACGAAAAUUUAAUGUUGAAGCAGCAGAAAGCAUGCAUUUUUUCUGCGUUUGUUCCGCGUACAGCCAAUUUUUUGCUAAAUUCUGUAGGAAAAUAAAUUUCAUAUCAGCUCACUGAUGUUGAAGACGAUGAUAGAGAAGAUCGAUAUAGUGUCUACUAUAAAAAAAUAUGUACAAGCUUUUCGGCUAACUAGCAAGUUCGGUCCCUGCUUUAAUCGCUAGAAUCGAUUCUAAUUCGGCGAAAAAAUAAAAGCAUUGUAUCCGGCUUAAAACAAGUCAACACAGAUUUUUUCACAUUUUAGCUCAAAUGUAUAAUAAAUUGUAAAACAAAUUUAAGCGAAUUAAAAGAAUAGAACAUAUACUCGAAGUCGCUCCUUAUUUUUCGACAAUGUGUGUUGAAUGUCUUAGUUGGAUGAUAAAACCAGCAGGCUUAGCAAAGAAAUAAAACAACUAGGCUAAAUAAAAAAAAUCGAACAACAAGAACAAACAACAACAGAAACACUACUGAACCUCUAUUUAAGAUAAUUCAAAACAAAAAUGGAUGAAUAAAGUAUAAAAAUGUCAAACACAAGUCAACGUACAAA